AUGGCGGCGACUUCACAAGAAAAGGAUGCUGAGAGCGUCCAGCAUAUGGAGACGUCCAUCCCCCAAAAGCUUGAAGCUCAAGAAGAGGACCCCAACUAUGAUCCUGUCUACAGCUACAAGCAGCAGCGGAGGAUCAUCCGCAAGAUUGAUCUGCGUUUGCUUCCGGCGCUGGGCCUAAUGUUUGGUAUCAGCAUUGUCGACAGAGUCAACAUUGGAAAUGCCAUGAUCGCCGGCAUGCGGGAGGACUUGCAGCUCAAUGUCGGCACUCGUUAUAGUGUCGCGCUGCUCGUGUUCUUCGGAUCCUAUGUUCUCUGCAUGUGGCCGAGUGCCAUGAUCUUCCCCAAACUAGGUCCCAGAGUCUAUCUCUCAGGAAUCACAAUCUCCUGGGGUAUCGUAACUAUUGUAAGUCUUCUCCCAGUGACGCAUGAAACCUUGCUUCUGACCUCACUCCAAGUCAUUCGGAUUCAUGAAAUGUACAAGAGAUAUUCCGUCUUUUAUCUGAUCCAUAACUUGGUGGGUGCCUUUGCUGGUCUCCUCGCAUUCGGCUUCAUGCAGAUGGGCGGGUUGCAAGGCCACGCUCCCUGGCGUUGGAUCUUUAUCAUGGAGGGACUAUUGACAUGCCUAAUCGGUGUAUUUGGCCAUAUUGCCCUGGUCGGUCACCGGAAGGAUGCACACAAAGCUUGGAAGUUUCUGUCCCCAUCAGAGAUCGACUUUGUCAAUCGCCAUAUUAGUAAGGAUGCCGGUGCUCAGCAAGAUGAGCCCUUCAGCUUUGGCGCUUUCUUCAAGACUGCGCUGGACCCAAUCGUGUGGGCAUACUCUCUGAUGUUCUGUUGUACGACAACGGUCUCUUAUGCCAUAGCGUUCUUCCUCCCUAUCAUUUUAAGAGAUUACUUGAAGUUCAGCCUUGGUGCCGCGCAGGCGCUGGUCACUCCUCCAUACAUCCUCGCCUCGAUCACGAUGUAUGUCCAAGGGUGGCUGAGUGACAAGUACCGCCUGCGCAGCCCCAUCGUUGUGGUGAACUGCCUUGCCGCAAUUCUCGGUUUCUGCUUGCUAGCCUGGGUUCCUUCUCCGGGAGUGCAGUAUCUGGGAACCUUCUUCAUCCUGUCGGGCAGUCAGUCCACCAUGGCCACGCUCAUGGCAUGGCAAACCAACAACGUCCGCGGGCAAUGGAAACGAUCGUUCUGCAGCGCCAGUUUGGUCAGUUUCGGCGGCAUCGGCGGAGUGAUGGGCGCCCUUGUCUUCCGUUCCCAGGACGCACCAGAAUACUAUCCUGGAAUUUACACUGCCCUUGUGUGUCAAGGGGUGAACCUCGUGAUUGUAACAGUACUUGUGCUCUACUUCAAACGGGCCAACCGACAAGCAGAUGCUAAUGGCCGUAUCAUUGAAGGGUUGGCCAGCUUCCGCUACACCCUUUAA